GAAAUAAAAAACCUAAGAAAAUAUUUGAACAUCAAACUAAAUUAUUAUUGUUAAAGAAAAGUAUUUUGGCGAUGGUUAAAAAUUAAAAGAGAAGAACAAAGAAGGGAAAGCUACCAAAGCUUUCAUAUCAAUGGCAGAUUCUGGCCCAGCCAGUUUCUGGACGCGUGCCAAUGCUAUACUUAGAAAAAACUUAACCUAUCAGAAACGGAAUAUAUGGAGCAAUGUUCGACUUAUUAUGAUUCCUUUCUACCUCUGCAUAGUUCUUGUGUUUAUUCAAGCUUUGUUUGAUUCACAAGUCAAUAACUCUUUAGAUAAUCAAUGUGGUUGUCAAUGCAUUGACAAACUCGGAGAUGGUAAAUGCCAAAUGACCUGUGGUUUAGAAUAUUCGACUCGGGAUCAAGGAUUCUUUUGUGCUAUCCCAAAACCACAACCAUGGCCUCCAUUGAUUCUAAUUCCACGUCCUGAGUAUCGUGCUCUUGAUGCUAAUUUCACUAAUGACUCGUGCAGACGAAAAAACUCUUGCCCUGUAACUAUACUUUUCACUGGGAAUAAUCAUUCUCUUGGAGCAGUUUUAUCAAGAAAUCUUCUAAGGAGGCCUUUUGCAAUGAACUCCUCUGACCUUUUGUUUAGUUUAGCGAAUAAUGUUUUGGCUACAACAUUUAAGGGAAGUGCAACAAAUUAUCUUGAUGCAGGGAUUGUCUCAGAUGGUAGCAUAUACAAUAUUCAACCUCGGUGUCCUCCAAAUUCUAACUUUUCAAUCUCAAUCGGACAAUCACCUCUCAAUUUUACGAAAGAUAUGAGAUGUGUUCAAGGAUUGAAUCUUUGGAGAAAUAACUCCAUUGAGGUGAAUCUUGAGCUUUUCGAAGGUUAUCAUAAAGGAAAUUCUGAUGGAAUGAUAAAUGAGAUUGUUGCAGCAUACGAUCUCUUCGACACAAAUAUGACUAACUUCAAUGUAAACAUAUGGUUUAACGCAACAUACAAGGAUGAAGCAAGAAAUCAGCCUUAUAAGGUUGUCCGAGUACCCCGCUUAGUCAAUUGGGUGUCAAAUGCUUAUCUUCAAUAUUUGCAAGGCCCUAGGACAAAGAUGUUGUUUGAGUUUGUCAAAGAAAUGCCUAAACCAGAAACUAAACUUCGUCUAGACAUCGCCUCUCUAAUUGGUCCAAUAUUCUUUACAUGGGUUAUUCUCCUUCUGCUACCGGUGAUCUUGAAUUCAUUGGUGUAUGAGAAGCAACAGCGUCUUAGAAUUAUAAUGAAAAUGCAUGGCCUAGGAGAUGGUCCAUAUUGGAUCAUUUCCUACGCCUAUUUUCUCGCUUUAUCCACGUUCUAUAUAAUAUUCUUGAUGAUCUUUGGGUCAGUAAUAGGAUUGAAGUUCUUUCUGCUUAAUGACUUCAGCUUACAAUUCAGUUUCUAUUUCGUCUACAUAAAUCUACAAAUCUCCAUAGCCUUUCUACUUUCCUCAGCGUUUUCAAAGGUUGAGACAGCAUCAGUCGCUGCUUACCUAUACGUGUUUGGAUCUGGACUCUUGGGUAUGUUCCUCUUCCAGUUUCUAUUGGAAGGUUUAUCGUUUCCCAGAAGAUGGAUUUUUGUAAUGGAGUUGUAUCCUGGCUUCUCCUUAUACCGCGGGUUGUAUGAGUUCUCCCAGAAUGCUUAUCAGGGAAACUUGAAUGGGAAAGAUGGGAUGAAGUGGAAAUAUUUUAGUGAUAAUGCAAUUGAUGAAGUUUUCUACAUCAUUAUUGUUGAGUGGUUUGUUGCACUCAUUGCAACAUACUAUAUCGAUAAGAUGUCUUCAUCAGGAAAAGACCUUUUGUUUUUCUUGAAAAACCAAAACCCUUUCAAGAUAUCUCAUAGCUUGCAAAAACAGGUCUCUGCAAUUUCCGUAGAAAUGGAGAAACUAGAUGUCAUUCACGAGAGUGAAAAAGUUGCACAACUGAUGCUAGAGUCAAGCACAAGCCAUGCAAUUGUAUGUGAUAAGUUAAGAAAGGUUUAUCCUGGUAGGGAUGGGAACCCGCCUAAAAAGGCAGUUCGAGUGUUAUCCCUCGCUGUGCCUUCAGGAGAAUGCUUUGGCAUGUUAGGGCCCAAUGGUGCUGGCAAGACCUCUUUUAUCAAUAUGAUGACUGGGCUUGUGAAACCAACUUCUGGAGCAGCUUUUGUUCAAGGUUUGGAUAUAUGCAAGGAUAUGGACAGAGUAUACACUAGCAUGGGUGUAUGCCCGCAACACGACUUGCUAUGGGAAACACUGACAGGGAGAGAACAUCUGUUGUUUUAUGGGAGACUUAAGAAUCUCAAAGGCGUUGAUCUCAACCAAGCUGUGGAAGAGUCUCUUAGAAGUGUCAACCUUUUCCACGGAGGAGUUGCUGACAAACCUGCCGGGAAAUACAGCGGAGGUAUGAAAAGGCGGCUGAGUGUAGCCAUUUCACUUAUCGGUAAUCCUAAGGUCGUUUAUAUGGAUGAGCCAAGCACAGGGCUUGAUCCAGCCUCGAGAAAGAACCUAUGGACAGUCAUCAAGAACGCAAAAAGACAUACUGCGAUAAUCCUCACUACUCAUUCAAUGGAAGAAGCAGAGUUUCUCUGCGACCGACUAGGGAUUUUUGUUGAUGGAAGGUUACAAUGCAUAGGGAACCCAAAAGAACUAAAGGGAAGGUAUGGUGGAUCUUAUGUGUUAACAAUGACAACAUCAUCAGAACAUGAGAAAGAUGUGGAGAUGUUGGUUCAAGAAGUUUCCCCAAAUGUCAAGAAGAUAUACCACAUCGCAGGAACACAGAAAUUUGAGAUUCCAAAAGACGAAGUUCGGAUCUCGGAAGUGUUUCAGGUGGUAGAAAAGGCAAAGAGCAAUUUCAAGGUGUUUGCUUGGGGACUUGCUGACACAACUCUCGAAGAUGUUUUUAUUAAGGUUGCUAGAACUGCUCAAGCCUUUAAUGUCUUCUCUUGAAUCUUCUUAACGUUGUCAUUUUCUUUUCUGUUGAACGUCAAUAUUCUUUUGGUCAGGUUUGAUAAAAUUGGCCAUGCAUAUAUUUGAUUAAAUGUACAUUAUUAGAAUAAAUCGGCUGAAAGUUGUGAUUUCUCUGAGGCUAUUAUAUAUAAGUUGCUUGUUU